UUGUUGGCGCAUGCGAAAGGAACCACCGCCAUCUUUCUGUUUCAAUGGGCAAUGGAUGCGGGAGGACAGGGUAAUUCGUCCCAUCAAGCAGCAUUUGCAGACGCCGUUGCCCGAGCAAGACAGAUUGCAGCUAAAAUUAACCAACCAGGGGCUGGCGGUGGAGAGGGAUCCCAGCCAUUGAAAAGACCUUUUGAAAGCGACGGAAACUCUUACGGUGAACCAGACCAAAAGAAGACAGUGUCUGCAAUUAAUGACCCUAUUGGGGCACAGCUAAAAGCUCUCCAAGAACAACAAAGUCGAAGUGAGGCCGCACAAGCAGCCCAAGCAGCAGCCGCCAGGAUUAAUCAACAAUUAGGAGUCGGCCCUCCAUCGUCAGCCCCUCCCCCAGCAGCUCCUAAACCCAGCUCUCACACAGGAGGAGGUAUGGUGGUCACAGAAGAAUACGCCAUCCCAGACAAGAUGGUCGGCCUGAUAAUUGGGAAAGGAGGUGAACAAAUAACACGGCUACAAGCUGAAACUGGUUGUAAAAUUCAGAUUGCCCCAGAUGGUAGUGGCAUGCCAGACCGCCAGUGUACUCUUACAGGUUCCUCUGGCGCCAUUGCUGCCUGUAAGCAGCAGAUUCAGGACAUCAUCAUGAGAGCCAACCAGACUGGUGGCCCAAUGAUGGGGGGUAUGGAUGGAAAUGGUGGUGGCUUUGGAGGAGGAGGAGGAGGAGGUGGUGGUGGCAUGGGGAAUGGUGGAGGCCAGACAGUGGUAGAGAUGAUGGUCCCAGGCAACAAAGUCGGGCUAGUCAUUGGAAAAGGAGGAGAAACCAUUAAACAGCUGCAGGAGAGAGCUGGAGUCAAAAUGGUGAUGAUUCAAGAUAGCAACAUCCCAUCAGCCGCUGAAAAACCGCUGAGAAUCUCUGGAGAUCCACAGAAAUGUCAGAGGGCAAAGGAAAUGGUUCUAGACCUGCUUGCUGAAAAGGAAAUGGAGAACAUGAAUAAGGGAUUCAAUGACUAUGGAUCCUAUGGUGGUGGUGGUGGAGGUGGUCCCCCCAUGGAGAUUCCUGUGCCAAGAACAGCUGUAGGAAUUGUUAUUGGCAAAAAUGGAGACAUGAUCAAAAAGAUUCAACAAGAGAGUGGAGCCAAGGUUCAGUUCAAGGCUGAUGAUGGAAAUAGCCCAGAAAGAGUAUGUGCCAUUGCGGGGUCACCUGACAAAGUACAGAUAGCUGCCCAGAUGAUCCAGGAACUCCUGAAUGAUUACAAUCAAAGAGAAGGUGGAAUGGGUCGUGGCUUUGGAGGUGGUAGAGGUCGCGGCGGGCCUGGUAGAGGUCGUGGCGGCUUUGGAGGUGGUCCUGGUAGAGGAAUGGGCCGUGGGGAUGGAUUUGGAGGAUUUCAGGAUGAGACUCAGUUUGCUGUCCCUGCUGACAAGUGUGGAUUGGUUAUUGGAAAAGGUGGUGAAACUAUCCGUCAGAUAAACCAACAGUCUGGGGCACAUGUUGAACUUCAGAAACAUCCUGGUCCUAACCCUAAUGAGAAGUUGUUUAACAUCAAAGGAGGUCCUGAUCAAAUUCAGCAUGCUAUUCAGAUGAUCAGUGAGAAAGCAGGAAUACCCUAUGGAGGUCCAGGUGGGCCAGGUAUGGGUGGCCCUGGGGGUCCAGGACCACAUGGGGGACCAGUUCCAGGAGGCCCGGGGUAUGGGGAUCAAUAUGGAGGACAGUAUGGAGCACCUGGUCAGCAGCAAGGGGGGCAGUAUGGAAAUGGUCCACAGGGUGGCUGGGGAGGAUACAAUCAGCAACAAGGAUACCCCCAGCAGCAGUCCGGGGACCCAAGUCAGGGUGGUUCAGACAAUAAACAGGCCCAGGACAAUGCUGCAGCAUGGGCAGCAUAUUAUGCCCAGUAUUAUGCUCAGUAUGGAGGAUAUGGAGGGCAGUAUGGUCAGCAACAGGGACAACAGCAGCCCCAGCAACCUGCUCAGCAGUCUCAAGCACCGCAGCAACAGCCAGCAUCAUCCCAACAGAAUUAUGCUGAACCGUGUAAGUCAAUUAACCCUGCCACCGGUCAAGCAGAUUACAGCGCAGCCUGGGCCGAGUACUACAGACAACAGGGAAUGCAUUACCAGGCCAACAUGAUCUUACAGCAAGCUGCAGCAGGGCAGUCUGGGGGAGCCCCACAGGGACAGCAGCCCCAGUAGAGAGAUGGCCAGGACUCUGGAGACUUUUGUGAUUUGGAUUCAAGAAUAUAUGUCGUACUUCAUAGCUCAGUGAGGAUUUCAUUUUGUAUAUACCAUGUUGCACAAAUCGGCUUUUCUACUACCCAUCUCAAUUUUCUUUUUCAUAGUAUUAAUUUAGGUAAAUCCAGUAUAUAAAAGUGUACUUGUUUCAAUUUGACUUGCCAAGGCAUUGGGCCAAAAUUGCUUUCUUCAACAGCGAGUUGCGUAUAUAUACAAUGUUCAUUAUACAUGUUUCCUCUUGUCUCAAUCUAUGAAAAGUUGCAAUGUUAGGUUUAAUACCUGUAGUUCUUGUAAUACAUUCCAUUUAAUAUUUUUUAAUUGUAAAAUAUUUGUUUCAAAUUGAAGCAUUACUAUUAUUAUAAGAUAUUUUGCAUUGAUAUGCCAUAAUAUUGCUAUUAUUGAAAAAGAAAAUUGUUUUUUGAAUAUUAUGAUGAUGUUUCAUGUUUAAUAUGUGCUGCAAUCAAAAAUAUUUUUUAAAUGAUAUGCUGAGGUGAAGACAGCGUAAACACAGCGGGAUGUCUGUGAAUGGCACAUGUAAAGAAGUUCUUCAGGCAGCAAGAGUCACACAGAUGCCCCCGAUUUUGCUUUUAUUUCAUGAUAUAUACAUAUAGACUGUCUUAUUUGUUUUAACAUAUGUAUUAAAGAAAACGGUACAAUUUUUUUGAAGAUUUAAGGUAUGUCUUAGUCAAUAUUUUAGUGCCACAUGUUUGAUGAUGACAUUGUAAAGUUGUUCAUUUCAUUUGUAUGAUGAGUCUUCAAGUCUUAACCCAGUGAAACUUAUUUUAUAUGAAAAUGUCAUUGUAAUUUUUUCCACUCGCAAUUUGUAUGUAUCCCAUGUCUUAUGAUGUGAUAAAUGCAAUUCAGGACUUUAAAUAAUGUAUAGUGAACGAUAUAUUUAAAUGACAUGUUAUCAAAAUUGUGAUUUAAUAUGGUACCAUAGUUAUUACAUGCAUUGACCUCAUGUAUUAUUGAAUAUGUUCUAUGUGAUACUCUUGUGCUAUAAGGACUUUUGAUAAAUAAUGCCCAUAUUGAAUACUGAUUUAUAUGCUAUGAACAGAUGUUUUUUGAUUUUAAUGCCCAGUAUGUCAUGCCUUAAAUUCCUUCACAGAGUAGUAGAAUUGGUGCAUUUGUUAUACAUGAUGGUGUUUGAUUUUUCUCUUUUAUAUCGUCUUUACAAUCACUCGAUCACACUUGUGCGUUCCCAUGUUGUAUAGUAUUACGAUGGUCUAGCUUUGUUGUCAAUGGAAACUUACAUCUUAAUAUUCUUGUCAUGAGCCAAACACAUUAUUUAAUGUGUGUGUAUUUUGUAUUAUUCACCUAAAGGUAGUAAUUUGUAAAUAAUAGCUUGGUUUUGUUUAUUAUUAUAGCACACUUUUAUUUAGAAAGGGUUCAUAAAUGAAGAUAUAUCAUCAUUCUAUUCAGCCAUUCAUGUUUUUCAAUUUGAUUUCAGCGGUUCAUAAAUGUAUGUCCUUGAAUUGUACCUCUAACCAUGUGUUUAUUACUCAUUGAAAUGAUUGCUAUAGGAGUUUAAAAUUUUGUUGUUAUUAAAACAUUUUUAAUAUGAUGUAAUGUUGUGUUAUGAUGCAUACAAAGUUUUUUUUUCUUUCACAGAUAUGUUCACAUGAUGAUAAAUUUGUUGGUUUAUUUUUUAAUUGUAAUGAUAUAACUAUUUUAGAAUUGUAAUUUUGACUCUAUUCACAAUGUGGUACAUUUUUUAAAUUGUUGAACUUUGGUGUCUUGUUUAACAUACUGUUUUUGUGUCAGAUUAUAUCUUGUAUUUGUGCUGUGACUUAGAACCCUGUAAGGGAAAUUAUCCAUGUGUGCCCUGGCCAUAGACGGAUCUCUAAGGCAAGGUAAGGUCCAAUAAAAAGGUGUUUUAAAAUCAA